AUGAAGGAAUCAACGGAUUCUGCGCCCCGAGCGAACGAGGCAAGCCGUGGAUUUAAUUUGGAGAUAAGGCAGACUGAGGCACUCGUCGCGUUCGAGGAAGGUUCCGAAGCGCACCCCAAUAAUUGGGUUUUCUCUAAGAAGAUGCUUGUUGUCAUCACGGCAUUGUUCAACGUUUUAAAUAGCGGCAUAUCAUCUUCGCUUCCCAGCAAUGCUGUCCCGUACAUAUUCAAAGACUUCGAUAUCCAAAAUAGCCAAGAGAAAUGUCUACCGACAUCUAUCUUCCUUAUCGGCUUCAUCAUUGGACCCGUGAUAUGGAGUCCGUUGAGUGAGACCAUUGGGCGUCGGCCUGUUCUGCUCUGGACUUUUACCGUCUUCGUUUUUGGGACCCUCGCCUGUGCUCUUGCCCCAAGCUGGGGCACUCUGUUGUUUUUCCGCUUAGUUUGUGGAAUGAUGGCUGCUGCUCCUCAGACCGUCAUUGGCGGUGUUUAUGCAGAUCUAUUCUUUGAUCUUCGCUCUCGUGGCAGAGCAAUGGCCUUCUAUAUGUCGACAGCAAGUUUCGGCCCCAUUCUUGGUCCAAUAAUCUCGGGAUUUGCGUCCUUGCACGGCUGGAGAUGGACAUUUUGGAUAUCUUUGAUACUAGCAGGCACCUGCUGGAUUGCUCUUUUUUUCAUGCCUGAAACAUUUGUGCCGGCGAUUCUAAAUAAUGAAAUAAAGCGAUUGAGAUCGAGCACAACGUCGGAGAUCAGCCCCUCGUACUCCUACUCCUCUUAUCAGGGGGCCGUGAAACAUGACUGGCUGGCAAUAUUUUCACGACCACUUGGCAUGCUCGCCACUGAGCCCAUCGUCAUCUUCAGUUCACUUUACGUUUCUCUCGCAUACGGCCUAAACUUUUUCUUUUUCCAGGCCUUUCCAAUUAUAUUUGAAGGCACCUAUAACUUCAGCACACAACUUUCAUCACUUACCUUUAUACCGGUUGGUUUGGGAGCCCUCUGCUCGGGCUUAUUUACCCUCUAUUACGAGCACAUAUUCCAGACAGCAAAGAAACGAGGCAAAAGUUGGACAACCAAAACCGAAUUUCAACGACUUCCCAUGGCAUGUGUUGGUGGUCCUUGCAUCACGAUCAGCCUUUUCUGGCUCGGUUGGAGCGCCAACAAAGCCGUCCCGUGGAUUGUUCCUGUGCUUCCAGGCUUAUUCUUUGGAUUUGGAUAUCAAAUUAUUUUCAUCUCUUUAUUGACAUAUGUCACUGAUGCUUACAAGAUCUACUCAGCCAGUGCACUAGCUUCUUCGACCAUCCUAAGGAGUAUCUUCGGUGCUCUUCUACCUUUGGCAGCGGCACCGAUGUAUGAUAAAUUAGGCAAUGGGUGGGCUACUUCUAUUCUUGGCUUUUUCAGCAUUUUUUGCCUUCCUAUUCCGUUCGUUUUGAUUUACGCAGGUCCCUGGAUUCGGAAAAGAAGCAAGUUUUGCUGUCAGUUACUGGAACAAGAUGAAAUUUCGGCAGCAAAUGUACCAGAGAGCGGGAACCUUUCCGCGAAGUCUGCUUAG